AUUGGUCGACUUGCCCGGCCCGCAGCAUGCCAUGCUGCGAGACCGUGGUGUUCUAGUUUUGAGAUCCGUGUAAUAAGUCGCGGUUCGGCUCUUGGUUUUCUUUUUUAUGGGAAAUCCGUUGAUUAGCCUGGGUAGUUUUAGUCAGUCGGUUAAGGUGAAAUCGCGGACCAAUUUGGGUCACGUGUGCAGUAAAACCAUUGAUUUACAUCUCCACGGAUGACGUGCGCGCGCGCGUGUCCCGGGGACGUUCUAUGUUUCGCUUAGUUCGCGGCCGAAAAACAUCGCAAACCGAGUCCCGUUAGACGCCUAGGCGAUCGAUCGAUCGAUCGAUCGCUCGAAGACGAUCUGGUUUUCUAGUCGCGUCGCCGGAGGAUGGCAAUUAGCAUUGAUCACACUGACUGUCGAACGGACACGACGAAGACGAAGUCUCUUCCCAACGAUAACGAUCGUUGUUUGAUCAAAAUUUAUCCAGGGUCGUGACCGUCGAUCGUCGUUGUCGUCAGCUUCGAACGAGGUUGGGUUGCGAAAGAAUCCUCGCCUACUUUGUUUGUCGUGGGGCGCAGCGCAGCAAUUCCUGGAGCAGUUUACAGUUCAGCGGAAACCUUUUUCACCGAGCGCGAGCUCUCGUCGACGUCGGUCGUAGUGGUCGUAGCAGGCCAAGGCGGGGCGGCGAACGAACGGGGUACAUGGAUGGGGGCAAAGACAGCGGCGACUUCUAGCUUGCUUUGCUGACGUAACCUCGAGAACGCCGCUCUCGCGUCUUAAGACUUCGCGGUGUGAGAGCAGUUCGCCGUCGCGACUCUCGCGUGAACGCGAAAGCCGGUUUCGCUCUCUCUCUCUCUGGCUGUAUCGGUUACACUAGCACACGCGAUCCGCGAUGUUUGCUCUGUGGGGAGCGGAGCCAGGCGCAGCACACACUAGCGCGCAUCGACAGCGCGACAUGUUUUGAUUUUUCGAUGUGGGAAGCGGUUCUUUCGCGUGGCGGCUGGUGUUGGUGCGCGAGAUGGAGCCGCUGGCUGUAUUGGUCGCGUUCGCUCUGGGGAUGCUCUCCUAUCCUGGUUGCUUGGAUCCCCUCAAUACUAGUAUGGCGAGCGCGCCUAGUCUCCUUGUGCCUACUGCGAUUGCGGCAUUUGAAGAGGUUCGGAAUUCCUGCACACUCGAGGCGCUCUGCUGUAGUGUGCGACGGUAGUCUAGGGCGGAUAGCUGUGCAGUCAGGAACUGAGUUGGGGAGCGCACGGACGAAACACGGCCCGGUCCACAAGUGCCAAGUGAACAACAGACUUCGAGAGUUGAGUGUGCGGAUGUUUUAAAAUUAUAUGUAUACACAAUUGGUUCUAAAGUGGAUACAUUCUGUUUGCCUUUUGCGCCUGUGGUGUAUUUAUAUACGUUUCUACCGAGAAGGAGCUUAUGUGUCACCACCGGUAUGUGGACGACGGAACGGAGUGAAACUUACGACCGUUCGUCAAGGACAGUAAAAGGACAUCACAGGAUAGCUCGCCGUAUUGAGUAACGUGACCCGGAAACCCGUCAAGACAGAACCCAGUUCUGAUUCAACCCCUUUGGAGCAAAGCAGCGCAAAAACAGCAGAGCAAUUCAAGGACAUUGUCGCGUCACCAAGGAACGUGAUUCUCAAACGUACUAUUAUCUCGUACAGUUAACUACUAGGUCAUUAGCCAACCAUGUCGUCCCAAAGAUUCUGUCUGCGGUGGAACAACCACCAGACAAACCUGCUGUCGGUGUUCGAUCAGCUACUUCACGCAGAAACCUUCACCGAUGUGACGCUGGCCGUCGAAGGACAAUCCCUGAAGGCACACAAGAUGGUCCUGUCUGCCUGCAGUCCGUACUUUCAGGCGUUGUUUGUCGACAACCCCGAAAAGCACCCUAUCGUCAUCCUGAAGGAUGUUCCCUUCAAAGACAUGAAAUGUCUGCUGGACUUUAUGUACCGCGGAGAGGUCUCUGUUGAUCAGGACCGCCUCGCCGCGUUUCUCCGAGUAGCGGAGAGUCUACGGAUAAAGGGACUCACCGAAGUCAAUGACGAUAAACCUCCCCUCCCAACGGCGUCGCUGACCAGCAGCGGUUCCACAACAAACCAAAACCAAUCUCAGCAGUCACAGAACCAGCAGCAGCUUCAACAGCAGCUAGCGGCGGCCGCGAGUCGCAAUGCACAACUGGCAGCACUGCAACAGUCGCAGCAGUUGCUCCAGCAGAAACAAAAAUCCAGCCAAAGCAUGCUUCUGACGAAUCCCCUGCUGGGUUCGGCACUCUCCCAACAGAAACGGAAACGCGGCAGGCCGCGGAAACUUUCCGGUAGCGAUACCGGCGAGGGAGAGUACGAAGGUUACGAAAGCGACAGUAUUGUGCAAGGUUCCCCGGAUCUCAUGGACGCCAAAAUGGCAACGGACGGUACAUCGACCUCGGGCGAUGAGAACGUGAUCAGUCGCUCGGAAGAUAACGAUCCCGAAGACUCCAUGGACACCUCCGGCAGCCCGCCGGUCGUGAACAACAACAAUAACAACAUCAGCAAAACCUCCAGCAGCAGCCCCGCCCCUUCCGGUAACCAGACAGCAUCCGCAAUCACGGCCAGUACGAAUAACCAAAAUGCCACCAACAACUCGUCCAGUCACCUCAAAAGCUCGGCCAGUAGUCUGAGAAACGAAAAUAGCAUGUCAGAUUCCAAAGAUUCGUUCAACGAUGACGAUGGCUGCGGACCGAUGGACGACGAUGAUGAGGAGCACGACGACUCGGAUGAAGAGCGGGAGUUGAACUCGAGCUACAUGGAACCUCAGCUGCUGCUCGAUGAGUACGAUGAGCCCGUUGAGUUCAAGUACGACCCGAAGUCGGACAGCGGUGCGGUGGACUCGACGUCCAGUAACUUUCCGCCGCCGCUUCAGGCCAAACCGGGAACCCCGAACAGCAGUGCCGGAGGAUCACCGGCAGGUCGCAUGCCCCUGAUCAAUGUUGUUCCGACCAUGUCGUUGCUACCGAAACUAGCACCUCUGUCGAACUCGGCAGCUGCAGCAGCCGCGGCGGCGGCCGCAGCCAGCUUACUAAGUCCCAAAUCUCUACCAAAGCUUCAGAAACGACCUCGGUUGAUGGGGAAGUCGCACAACGGGAUCUCCGCUACGCAGACUAUCCUGAACAACCUGAACAACAAUCUGAAUGAAAGUAUGAUCUCGACUUCGACCAGCGGAGCCUCGGCUGGCGUACCUAGUGGACUGCAGAUCUCCAGUGUCCUGUCCGGGUUGAAUAGCUCGGAAAUGUUCGAAAUGCUGUCGAACAAUAUGAUGGGGUCUCCGACGGCCCGAUCGAGCUCUAACUCGCCCUCGACCAAGGGCGACGGAGGCAACCGUGCGCACAAGUAUGCCGUGAUCGACGACACCGAGGGCAGCGUGCGGGAUUUCUGUACCAAAGAAGGUGACCACGUGUACCGGUGUAAGAUCUGCUCCCGGGUCUACACUCACAUCAGCAACUUCUGCCGGCAUUACGUGACUUCGCACAAGCGGAACGUCAAGGUCUACCCGUGUCCGUACUGCUUCAAGGAGUUCACCCGGAAGGACAACAUGACGGCACACGUCAAGAUUAUCCACAAAACGGAGUACGCCCAAACGCAGCCCGGUUCGGAAGCGGCGCCCUGCACAAUGAACACCAACAGUAAUAGCAGUACAAACGGAUCUACGACUCCGGUACCUCCGAGCACGGGAUCUUCAGGGAACAACUUCACCAGCGCAGCGAUCAUCAAUGCGGUGGCGAACGCCGUCGGCCUGCAGCCGAAAAAUGCCGCAGCCGGAGCGGGCAACUCCGGUUCCGGUAUCCGAAUAGUAUUCCCGCCCAUCGGAAGUGCCUCGUCUUCCACGACCUCACCUGCAUCCACGUCCAACGAUGGCGGCGGCGGCGGCCUAACCGGAUCCAUCACCAUCAAGAAGGAGUUCCAGGAGAAGCCGACUUCUUCGUCGCCCGGUGCUACGUCCCCUUCCCGAUCGGUUUCGUCCAGUACGGCCACUUCGCCGAGCUCGACGACACUGGCCAAGAGCAGUGCGGCAGCGACGGCCACCGUCAGUCAGUAGUAGAGGCAGGCCUCGGAGGGACAUGUCGACCCACAUGCAUAACACACAUACACACAAACACCACUGGAGGAAUUGGUGACUUGGGUGAAUGGGGUGAAGUUCGGUCAAGUUUUACCGAAGUUCGGUACUCUUCUGGCCGAGCCUCGAUCACCGAAGUCGGCGAUUCUUUUUUUGGUGUGCACCCACACAGAGAGAGGCUACUAACACUAAAGUAUCUGUCGUUCGUCUGCGCAUAUUACCUAUCCCGUUUUGGUCGGAUGGCACAAAAAGGGAAACCGACGAAAUCGGUUUCUCAGAAGCACUUUAGGAAGAAGCAGGAGAGAAAAAGUGCUGCAAUAUUACUGUUUAUUUUUUAUGUUCUGUUGUUUAUUUAAUUGAUUUUUUUUCGCUGACCGAGAUCGUUAAUCAUUCCUUCUAAAGGGUAUUUGUAAUAUUAAUUGUAAUUGGAAUUGUACAUACACAAUCGAAGAACACAAGAUGACAAAACCGCUCCUGGUAGGAAUGAGACAGAGAGAGAGAGCGUCCCCAUCUUCUGCAAGGGGACGAAAGUAGCAAAAAAAAGCGCAUCGAGAAGAGCCUUCUCGAAAGCAAACGCACCUUGUCCUAAUAUAUUUUAUUGUAAAGUUUUCCCCUGAUUAUCUUUAUCUUGUAAUAUUUUUUUAUUGUUAGUAAUAAAUACCAACCCCUACAAAAAAAAACCUACACGUACACGUACGCAAGUUGUAGACAACAACUACUUCACGCAAGUCUUCCCACAAAGAAAAAAAGUACUGGAAAAUCGAUCCGGAAGGACCAUUCCCUCGGGGUCCAAACGGGCAUUUCCUUGGAAAAAAAAUCCGAUUCGACAACAGAAAAGUAGUACAAUACACGCUGUAGAAGCCAAGGCAUACAUAUAUAACAAUUGAAAGAAUACCAUUUUAGGGCCCCCAAGCCAAGAGAGCAAAUAUUUAACUAGUUUGUAGAGAGAAACCGCAAAGAGAGGUAUUACAUACAGACUCUAGCACACUGCACCCUUUGAACUAACUAGCUACUACUACUACUACUACCACCUCUUAAAAAGAAGAUGUUGUUGAUUAAUUUUAUCAUUCGUCGUCGUACAUAUGGGCAACUAAAUGUCCGUUUUUCGUUUUUGUUUUACGCGGGGAGAGGCGUUCGUUUUGCGUGCCGGAUAGAGGUGAGUCGGCCUCGUCAUGCUACUCGUCGAAUGAGCUUCACCCCAAAAGGCUAUGUUCAAACUACGGAGUUUGUUGUAUGUUAUUCUAGGUUGAGUUGGAAGGAAUUCCGGUGAAUUCUUCGAUUACUUGAGUUUUCUUGGCGAUAUUUUUAGGAAAUCUGAUUAGUUCUUUAAUGGACUCAAGUCAAUAUUUUCUGUGAAUUCCUAACUAUUUCUUUUGGAGUAUUCAUCCAAAGAUGAUUUAAAUUCCUUAAAUGCAUGCUAUUGUCUUUGAAUAUUUUGUGAUGUCUCCGAUAAUUCUUCAGAGAUUUUCUCAAACAAAACCCAAAGGAUUUCACCUGAAAUCAUCAGAAGAUCUUUGAAAUCUGAAUACAUGAUGAGACCUCGGCAGUUUCUGGUUUUAUAGAAUUUCUGUUUGAUGAUUCCAACAAUUUGGCAAGUAUCCCCAAAAUCUAUGCAACAUUCUCUCAGAAAGUCGGCAAAGAUCUUCAUAUUCCAGAAGAAAAAUCUCCGGAUAUUCUCAAGAGAUUCUUUUUCAGUGUUAUCGAUAAGAUUAGCCAAAAUCUUAUUUGAUUCCCAAAAAAACGUUAGAAUUCAGAAGAUAAACCCACAAGUUCCUAGCAAGAUUAUUAGUAAUUAACAUUAUAAUGCUAGAAUCCUAGCAAGAAUCCGACACAACCUCGAUGAAAAUUACAGACUCUCAAGAAAAAAAAGUACAUAUUUAGAUGUUUGCAAAAAAACUCCUAACUAUGAGAGUAACCUUAUAACUAAGACGCAAUUUUCAUUCUUACAGAAAAAACCUCAAAUUUCUCAACCAACUCCUACAUUUCUAUUCAAAAACUAUGUCGAAAUUAAAGGAUGUUUUUACAGAAAGGAAAAUUCUGCGAAAAUAUCGCAGAUUUUAGCAGAAGUCUGGCAAAAUUUCAAGAUUGAGGCAGCACGUUCUAACCUGCUCUGACGAGAAUGUCGGAGAUAAUUACAGAGACUCAAAUGCCUAAAAUUUGCAAAGGUUCCGGGUAAAUCUUCAAAAUUCUAGCUUUUUAGGAAUGAUUCCAAAAGUUUAACGGUUUAAAAGAUUCCAACAGACUAAGAACCUGACGCCUUGAGGAUAUUAAUAGUUUUGCUUAUUGCUAUUCCUUGAAAAAUGCUUCGAUUCCAUCAAAAAACAGUACAGAUCUCCAUUGAAUUCAGAAAACUUUUAUGACACCAAGCAAAUUUUACUUUUUGUGGAGCACCAGUGG